AUGAGUUUCAAAAUCGAAGUCUUGGAGACAGAUAUGCCCCACCAACUUGAGAACUUUUGCGUGGAUUUAACAAUCGAUGCCCUCAGAUGUGGUCCGGACAAGGUGAGAUUGUAAACUACAAGGUCUAAACACAAGAGUCACGUUGUUAAGGUCAUUAAUAAACAGUUUGUUGUCUUUCACGAUUAAUUAGCUGCUAGUAACAUCAAAAAACUGAGGUUGUUUCAAAAAAUUUUUUAAAGUUUUACGUAAUCAAGUCUUAUAAAAGUUUGCAAUAUUAUGUAACAUAUCUUCAGGACGUGGCAGCUUAUUUGAAGGACACCUUAGAAAGUCGAUUUGGCCCCACUUGGCACUGUGUUGUUGGGAAAAGUUUCGGAUCUAGAGUCAGUUUUGAGCCCGGGAAUUUCAUUUUGAUGAGGUAUGGAGGCACCUCGAUCCUCAUAUUCAGAUGCGGCUCCAAUGUUCGACAAUAA